AUGAAGAACUCCUUUAGUACCCCGGAAGACUUGCUUGCUUCUUUGCCAAGGCAAGAAGGUAUACUUGAGCCCUACAGCUAUCAAUACCAAGGCUUCUGGUAUAGUUCAACAGUUUUGAAGUCGUUAAUUGAUUGUCAAAAUCAGUUUCAAGCACGCGAAAAUGAUAUAUUCCUUGUAACUGCACCUAAAUCUGGAACCACCUGGUUUAAAGCCAUCAUCUAUGCUUUAAUAAACCGAGAAGCAUGUCAUCCUCAAGAUCCUCAUCAUCCUUUGCUCAAACAAACUCCUCACCAACUUGUUCCUUGGCUCGAAUAUGUUGCUCCCUUAGAUAAUAAUAACUUGGUUAGCAACUCGCUAGACAGUAGCCCAACUAGAAUAUUUGGAACUCAUACUCCAAUAGUCAGCCUACCUGAAUCCAUAAUGGAGAAGGGUAAGAUAGUAUACUUGUGCAGGGACAUUAAGGACACUUUUGUUUCACUCUUUCACUUUUCCAACAAGAUCAAUUUUCGUCCCUCCCCCAUCUCUCUAGAAAACGCCUUCGAUUUGUUCUGCAGAGGAUCUAGUCCUUCAGGGCCUGUUUGGGAUCAAAUUUUAGGGUAUUGGAAGAAAAGCCAUGACAAACCACACAAGGUGCUGUUUAUGAGGUAUGAGGACAUGCAAAAUGAGCCUCGUGUUCAGCUGAGGCAUCUUGCACUUUUUCUUGGAAAACCUUUCUCUCAAGAGGAAGAGAAUUCAGGGUUGCCUGAUCAAAUUAUAAAGUUGUGUAGUUUUAAUACUAUGAGCAACCUAGAGGCUAACAAGACAGGAGAUUUUCUGGGUGUAGUAAGAAAUGAUUCAUUUUUCUGGAGUGGCGUUGUUGGCGAUUGGAAAAAUCAUCUCACAGUGGAGAUGGGUUCUAAGCUCGAUCAGAUCACGGAAGAAAAAUUUAGUGGUUCAGGGUUAUCUCUAUAA